UCUCGGCCUCCGCCACGGGGCUGGCGCCUCCCCGCGUCGCCAGGACAGUCUCGUGCAGGCGGCCACGGACGCUGGUGGCCGCGGGAGCUGCAAGGGACUCACUCAUUGCAGUGACUCAGUAUCGGCCAGGGAACAGCGUCCUGCCUUCCCCAGUAGCCAGGCUGUGCUGGGCAAGAUGGGGCCCUGCUCUCCGCGCGCGCUCGUCCUUCUCCUGCUGCUCCUCGCCCGCCCUGGAGCGCGGGCUUCCCAGAGUUGUCUCAAUAGACAGCAACUCCUGACCACCAUCCGCCAGUUGCAGCAGCUGCUGAAGGGCCAGGAGACCCGCUUCGCUGAAGGCAUUCGAAACAUGAAGAGCCGGUUGGCUGCGCUGCAAAACACCGUUAGCAAAGUGGCCGCGGAUGUACGUCCAGUUUCCUGCCCAGCUCUGGACGCCCCUUCUGAUGGCAGGAAGUUUGGGAGCAAGUACUUAGUGGACCAUGAAGUCCAUUUUACCUGCAACCCUGGGUUCCGACUGGUUGGUCCCAGCAGUGUGGUGUGUCUUGCUAAUGGCACCUGGACUGGAGAAAAGCCCCACUGCAGAGACAUCAGUGAAUGCUCCAGCCAGCCUUGUCACAAUGGGGGAACAUGUGUGGAAGGAGUCAACCAGUACAGAUGCAUCUGCCCUCCAGGAAAAACUGGGAACCGUUGUCAGAAUCAGACCCAGCCUGCGGUCCCCGAGGGCGGAGUGGUCGGCGACCCCGCCUUCAGCCGCGCGCCGCGUUGCGCGCAGAUGGAGCGGGAACAACAUUGCAGUUGCGAGGCGGGAUUCCACCUGAGCAGCACAGCGGGCGGCAACAGCGUCUGCCAGGAUGUGAAUGAGUGUAAGAUCUACGGGCAGGAAGGACGCCCCUGGCUCUGCAUGCAUGCCUGCGUGAACACCCCCGGCUCCUACCGCUGUACCUGCCCCAGCGGAUACCGCAUCAUGGCUGACGGGAAAAGCUGCGAGGAUGUGGAUGAGUGUGUGGGCCCACAGCACAUGUGCCCCCAAGGGACCACAUGCAUCAACACUGGAGGAGGUUUCCAGUGUGUCAGUCCUGAGUGCCCCGAGGGCAGUGGCAACGUCAGCUAUGUGAAGACCUCGCCCUUCCAGUGUGAGCGAAACCCCUGUCCCAUGGAUAGCAGGCAAUGUCGACACCUGCCCAAGACCAUCUCCUUCCAUUACCUCUCUCUACCUUCCAACCUGAAGACGCCCAUCACGCUCUUCCGCAUGGCCACAGCCUCGGUUCCUGGCCAUCCUGGGCCCAACAGCCUGCGUUUUGGAAUUGUGGGUGGGAACAGCAGUGGCCACUUCGUGAUGCAGCGCUCAGACCGGCAGACAGGGGAGCUCAUCCUGAUACAGACCCUGGAGGGGCCUCGGACUCUGGAGGUAGACGUUGACAUGUCCGAAUACCUGGAACGCUCCUUCCAGGCCAACCACGUGUCUAAGAUCACCAUCUUUGUGUCUCGCUAUGCCUUCUAAGGAUGCCAUGGCAGUCGGGAGACUAAGGUUUGGAAUCUGGGCUGAUUUCUCUUCCCCAAGGACACAACUGAAGGCAAGAGCUGUGAUGGUCGUUUUUCCUGUCAUGUUCCCACCCACUCUGCCUGUUCACCCAAGCUUCUAGAGCAAUGUGCUGUGCUCUGUUCCAUGGGCUGGCACAGAAAGGAAGCCAGAAUACAAAUGCUUUACCACCAUCACUUUUUUUUCUGCUUUAAGCCUCACUGUAGUAUAUGUGAGUUUGAAUGAACUGAGGUGGGGGAGAUCUCAUGGUGCAUGCCUGAGACAAUGGCUGACGGUUCUGCAUUGAGUUGCCAAGCCUGUUCUGAGUGUGUUCUAGCUCUGUUAAUGGUCUAAUGCCCCUGUGGGCCUUCCCAUCAGGGGCCUGGUCACCCCAAGUGGAUUCUUCUAAACCAAGGAGUCAACAUUAAAUCAUGGAUUCUGCCAGAGUUUCUUCACUUGGCUGUGGACAUAGAGUCUGCUUCUCUUCUCUGCCAUCAGAUUUCUCCCUGAGCUGGAGAGUUCCUUCUUGGAAGGAAUAGUUCCCGUCUGCUCAGGUUGAAGGAGAGUGAGAGAGGUGAUGUUUAAGAUUGCUCUGCUAGUUUCAGUAUGGGCUGGUCCCAUGGGAGACUGGUAAGGAUGGCAUCUGGCCAUGGAAUGUUUAGAAUACUCAAAUUGUCUUUCAUUGCAUGGCUUUCUUCUUCUGCUGCUGCUGCUGCUGUUGCUGCUGAAGAACCAAGAGGUGGUGUCUUUCGGAUGAACGAAGCAGGAAAUCUCUCUCUAGCACAGAGAACUGGGUGGAAUGAGGGAAAAAUACUCCAAUUAAAAUUUAAAACUAGAUUGGUUGAGAGGAAUUUCAGUGUCCGAAUACACAUCAAUCUGCUGGUAA